AUGCCGCGCGCCAGCGCUCUCUUGCUGGCGCUAGCGGCUGUUCUGCUUGCGAACCAGUGUUCCUAUGCUUCUUACAUCGAUCCAGGUGAUGAAGAUAUCGAAAUCAGCGGACCUGAUUAUGAUGAAGACCCAGCCGAUAUGCAGCUUCUCCAGGAUGUUGACAAACGAUCGUCGCUGAUCUACGUUUUCAGGCGUGCGUGCAUUCGGCGUGGGGGCAACUGUGACCACCGUCCCGGUGACUGUUGCCACUCGUCCUCCUGUAGAUGCAACCUCUGGGGGUCCAACUGUCGCUGCCAGCGCAUGGGCCUCUUCCAGAAGUGGGGG